AUGGCUCGGGGCGGGUGGACGGAGAGCUUCAGCGUCUUCGUUGGGCUUUACCAUCAUGCCCCUAAGCGGAGACUCCUUUUCCGCGUUGGUGCCAAACCGUCUGCUCCCGCCUUUGGAGUCUUCACCGCCAUCUGCAUCCCAGAGCUCGUGGUGGGCAUCGACAUUUGCCCGCACAUCUGGCCCGACGAAGCGCAAACGCCGCCAAAUCUGAACCUUCAAGUCGAUGAUCUGAAUGGGAGGUUCACCUUCCCAUCCAACCACUUCGACCUGGUCCACAGCCAGAUGAUGGCCGGAGGGAUUCAUUCGAAUCGAUGGAGGGAUUAUCUGCGUGACAUUCAUCGCGUGCUUCGGCCAGGCGGCUGGGUCCAAACGGUGGAAAUAUACUUCAACGCGCAAUCGGACAAUGGUACACUGACACAGAAUCACGCACUUCGAAGGUGGUCGAGACGAUAUCUGGACAGCAUGCAACCGUACAAAGACCCUCGAGCUCCCUUGCAGAUGCAGAGCUGGAUGCAAAGUGCAGGCUUCGACUCGGUGGAGACGCAAAUGAUCCCGCUCCCGACCUGCGGAUGGUCCAACGAUCCACGGCAACAUCAGAUCGGCUUGGCGAACAGAGAGAACGUGAGGAGAUUUCUAUCGUCAUUAGGACACUUCCCAAUGACGGAGUUCCGGGGCAUGACGUCCCAAGAGUUCCAAGUUCUGGUCGCACAGGCCAGAAGCGAGGCUGACAAUCCGGAGUUCAGGGCGUAUUUUCCAAUGUAUGUUUGUAUAGGGCGCAAGCGUCGUUGA